GUAUGUGUGUGGUAUUUUAUUGUUUCGAGAUCGAUGAUGUUUUUCUCUUUCCAUGUUCGAUAUGUUUAUUCUCGCUUUUCUUGCAUGGAGAUGCGAAGUCGGAAGACUACAAAUCCAUGCUUUUUUCUUUACUUCUAGAAAGGACGGCGAUACUAAAUACGUACAUAAGCGACAUAAGUAGCACAUAUUCAGCAACGAACUUUAUUUGUGAACUUCCUCUUCUUCUUCUUCUCUCCUUCUGCUACAGAGAAAGAUGCCGGACCCAGCAGAAUAUGUGCCAACUCCGACCAAUAAUUUCCAGGUCGGAGGGUCCUCUGCAUCGUCAUCACCGGGAAAGGGGAUGAUGACUCACAGUACUAGUACUGGAGCCAAGGCUCUUCCGGCAGCGGGAUUCAGGCAGAUAAACACUGUUGUGCGACGGAUGGGAGACUUAGGGGACUUCUACUUCGAUGGUAGUUGGAAGGCAAGUAGUUUUGCGAAUCCGCCAGGCUAUCUCGAUGCCGACGUGCGAACACCAUGGGUAAUCAAUGAUGAAUUAACAUUAUACCAAAAGAGUGUGGGGGUUAAACAAGAAUGCCUUUGGCUAUGAUUGGAUUUGUUUGGAAAAAUGACCUCACUGACGGCAGUAGCAGAAGCGAAGAAUUGCAGAAUUCUCUGCAAAGAUACAAAAUAUCUUUUGCUUUUUAUAGAAGAGUCGUUUCUUAAAUUCUGAGGCCUAUGAGAUUGUCUGGAAGAUUUUGCUUUCACUCUACGAAUGUACGGUCUUACACGCCCCCAGUAUGUAAUUUUGUUUAAUUAUGCAACAGAUAUGUUUAAGUGAUUAACAGGGCGGUGGCAUAUAGUCCUACGUUAAGAUGCUGGAACGUUAAGAUUUUUCAAGGCCUCGCUCUCUAUCGGAAGUGGAGUUGUAGUGAACGAAGGUCAUGAUCACUAUCAGAGAGAGCGAGAUCUGUUUGAGAGUUGAGAUAGUCACUAGUGGUCCUUAGGGAACGCCAGAGUGGUUCGCGAGCUUCCUCUGUCUUGCGCGAUGUGACUGACGUUAGAGUUAAAGAGUUUAUGCCUUUGCUUCAGUGGAUGAGUAGACUUAUGCAGCGUAAUAAAAAGGGGUAGAGCGUCCCAUCGUUCUCCCUCGCCGAUCUUUUUAUCUCCCGUCCGGUUGUGGCUAUCAGGCAUAAGGUAGCCCCUUUGGUCGGAGUUACCCCUCCACUUUUUUGCUUUUUGGUCUUUGUUUUUUUUUUCCUCGAUCCUUUGUUUCUGGCGAAGUGCGGCUGCAACAUCAUGUGACGGAAAACAGGAUAGGUUCAUCAAUAUGACUUUUUAGUAGCUUAACCGUAGCGGCAAUUACUGCCACUCUCAUCUCUUUCACCAGGCCGCAUUCAUCACGGUUUUAGCUCCGCGCUGUAGAUGACUGGUGAGGCAUGUGACUUCACCGGUCGAGAUCUCAAAAACAUUAUUUAAGUCCGAUUUCUGCGCUUAUGCUUAGCUCAGGCCUGUCUUAUUGAUCUCGGGGCUGUUAGUUAGUUAAUUUUUUAACGCUCUAAGCAUGAUUUAGGUGGUUCAUCAGUAAAUCCAUCAUCAGUGUUGCGGCGUGUCAUACCCCUGCAGGUGUGCUGACUUGCUCAUGGGGCCCCGCUGCGUCGGGUUGCGCCUUAGGUUUUCUACAGGGGCCGAAUGUACGGCUUCUCCGAUAGAUGUAGAUUUGUGGCCGAUUGUACGGUCUUAUGCGCACCCAGUAUGUAAUUUGGAUGAUCUUAUAAAUAAGGAGGUAAAUAAUUGAUUGAAUGGGUGGCGGCAUAUAGUCCUAACGCAAAAAAAAAAAAAAAAACGGUGGCCGCGAAUGACCAUAACAGGGGCACACACAUGACAGGCAAAGACUCCUGCCUUCCACAACAAAAAAAUCAUAGACGCGGACCUUGAAUUAUGCGCCGAAGAGUGGUGUACCUGGCCCACCAUCGUUGUGGCCAAUUGAUCAUGUAACUUCGACACCCGCUGUCCCGCAAGCGCCUAUAUGGCCACCAAACCUGAGUUUACGAGCAAACAACAUUCCAGGAUACAAAGGGUAAGAACCUUACUAUGAGUAUAAAAUAUUACGUGAUCGAUGGUAUUUUUUUGUAAGUGAUUCAUUUUUCGAGAUGGAUAUACAAUCGCAUACUUACUUGAGUACUACUUCUUAUUGUCGUAGAAAUCCACAAGUUUUCUUUUAAAGUUCAGGUACAUUCCUGGCGAGAAAGUUGAAACAGUAUAUGGAACUUUGCGGUCGGGGUGUGUAGAUCAUGCUGAGAAACUGCGGACAUACGAAGAAAAAGACGUUGCGCCAAAACCACUUCUGGUACAUGACUUUAAGUACAACUUAGUAUCGCUGUCAGCACCUUCUUCUAAGUAAGUAUAGCCUUUACGUAUAACCUAAGUAAUAUCUUCACAGUCAGUGAAAACACACCUUUUAUGUAUAACCUGAGCAUGUUACAGUCAGUAUAACCUAAUCAAAAUACAAUACUCUUCCUAGUACAACAAUGCAACGAUUGGGCGGAUGUCCCUGAAGCAAAUUCUGAAAACAACGGAUUUAAAACAUACGGUGAGCUACGGGGAUCUGGAACCGAAUCCCGGAAACAGGUUGAAGCAAUACAAAGACCAUGUGCCGCCGGCAAGAAUAACACGUAAAAACAUAAACUUAAACAUUUUGAUUUACUACUAGGUCGUUGAAUUAUCAUUUGAUAAUUUUUGCGGGCUUGUUUGAUGAACCUCGACCAAUUUGCACCAGUGGUUGUGUUUUAGAACAUUUGUUGUGUUGAUGAGUCUGAGAAGAUUUAGCAUCAAUUGAACAAGAACAACCAAUACCAAAAGUACUCUGAGACUCUCUUCCGUCUCCAUACAAAUUUAGCAAAUCCAUCACCUACCUCCACUUGCUUCUACGUCCACCCAAACCCAGCCAAUCCAUCACCAACCGGUGUUAUGGGGUGGAGCGGUUUUAGGCCCCCUGUAAACCGGAGUCUAGAUGGUCGUGAGCCCGCGUACAUGAGCUACGAUACGCAAGCCGAAACAGGUAAAGAUAAUCCGGGAUAUACAGGGUAUCGACCCAGAAAAUUCUGCGGUUAAUGGCUGCUGACCACUGUAUUAUGCAGUCCCUGGUGUGCGCGUGGAAUGAAGAAAAAAGUUUUCGCUUAGACAAAAGUUUCUGGUAUCUCUAAGAUAAAUCUUACCCACUGUCCAAUAUUGUCGGAGUCGGAUGCAUGAAGAUCAUAGUGGAUAGGGUAAACUUUGAAAACUUCUGCUAUUUUCGUCUUGGAACCUACACACUGUAUGAACCAUGAUCGUACUAGAGCUUACUAUACUAGUACGUAAGUUAGUAGACACUACAUAAUGCAUGAUUAAUGCGAUCGCUGAACUCGCCGAUUCUUCAUUGGUGUCCCUUAAAACCUGCAACCUUGUCAUGAUUCUUAUCGAAAACUGCCACAUAGUUACUGAUAAUUCUUAGCCGACGAACAUGUUUAUGAUUCUUACUUUGAAAAUGAAACCUUGCAGAUACGAUUUUGAAACCAGAGGCUAUCAGCCAGACAUAUAUGAUUUAUUACACCUCAAUUGUCACUACCUCGAACGGCCUGUCACCCGUUGAGGUGCCUGCUUCAAUCU